GCUGAUCAAUCUUCCAUAACACCACGACUAAUACCUAGCAUCUCCCUUAUGAGCUUACUCGCAACCGCAAUCAAGCGAAGCUCAUUCAGACUAUUCUCCAAUUCAAUUACGAAGCGCACCAUGCAUAUCUUCUCGAUCCCAAUGUGGGAGGGGACGGGCAACAAUUAUGCCUAUCUAGUUACCGACGACAAGUCAAAGGAAGCCGUCAUCAUAGACCCCGCAAAUCCGCUGGAAGUACUACCAUAUCUCAAGGAUAAGACAGAUAGCGGUGACAUUAAAUUGUCAAAGAUCAUAAAUACUCACCACCACCACGACCAUGCCGGAGGAAAUGCUGAGAUUAUCAAAUACUUCAAGCUGCCAAUCAUCGGCGGCAAAGACUGCGACAAAGUCACCACAACCCCCGAGCAUAAAUCCACCUUCAAUGUCGGCGAUAACAUUAAAGUAACGGCGCUCCACACCCCCUGCCACACGCAGGACAGCAUCUGUUACUUCUUCGAGGACGGAUCUGACAAGGCAGUCUUCACGGGUGACACGCUCUUCAUUGGAGGUUGUGGUCGGUUCUUCGAGGGCAAUGCAACAGAGAUGCACAAGGCGUUGAACGAGACACUCGCUUCGCUUCCGGAUGACACAAAGGUGUACCCGGGACACGAAUACACCAAGGGUAAUGUGAGGUUCGCGAAGAAGGUGCUGGAUAACGAUGCCAUUAGGAGAUUGGAAGAGUAUGCCAAGGACAACAAGGAAACCCAGGGGAAGUUUACAAUCGGGGAUGAGAAGCAACACAAUGUGUUCAUGCGUGUCAAUGACCCUAACAUCCAGGCGUUGGUAGGACAUGAUGAACCGGUCCAGGUGAUGAAGACGCUGCGUGAGAUGAAAGACCGGUCUUAAGUGUAGACACC